AUGUGCCGCGGAGGAGGCGCCGAGCCAGCCCAGCCUUGGCUUUCGGGGGAUGCCCAGCAGGGCAGCGAUGACUUGAGGCUGCGCUUUGCCAUGGAUGGGUUGACAUGCUUCAUGGUUGCUUUGGUGACGCUGGUGUUCUGGUGCCCGGGUCAGCCUGGGUGCAUCGCCCGCCGCCCGGCCCUGCGAACGGGUCUCCCGGUGCUGCUGCCUCUGCUGCUGUCCGUGCCGGCCUUCCUGGGCUCCCCGAUGGCAGAUGGUGUAUCCUUGGAGCAGCAAAAUCUUUCCUUACUCUCAGUGGGAUCUAAACUACAUCAAAGUACAGUGAGCAGCAUAGCACACAUGGCCUUAACACAAAGCACAGUACAACCCCAGGAAAAUAAUUUUCUUCAUGUGGUUUUAUCAUCACUUACCACUCCCUUUGAUAUGACUUUAUUUGACCAAGAAAGAAUGAGCAGAAGUUCAGAAGGAAGAACUAUGCCAGUGGGAGAUAUCACAGUAACUAGCAAUGAAGCAUUUUUAAGUGACGAUGGAUUGAUUAGCUCCUUUCCGAAUGAACAGUGGACUCCUUCACUAAAGUCUAUUACAGUGGAGUAUCAUUCAGAUAAUUCAGUAGAGCCACCAAGAGAAACCUUAGAAACUGUGUUGCUAAAACCUUCAUUAUCUGUCCUUUUGUUGCCAUAUGAUGAAAUGAAAACAGCACAACAAAUGACAACAUCACGUGCUGCCUCUGGUCACAGUCGUGCUUUCACACAAUUGAAGCCUUUUGCUCCAGAUGGUAUAAUUCCAACUACAAGCAGAGACUUGCUAUUGUACCCCACAAAUACAGAUAUUUAUUUAAGUUCCACUACAUCAGAGGUGGUGGUUGGACUGGCGGGAAAUGUAGAUGGAAGCUAUGCAUCUAGUUCAGACUCCUCACUGUUUUUGCCUUUUGAUACUACUUCAGAAGGGUCCUCUGUUCUUACAAGACAGCUGAAUGAGGAUAGCCAACUUAACCCAGAUGCUUUGGCAAAAAGUACUGAUCAAUACACUGAAGCUUACCCUGAUGUGAAUAGCGAUGCAACAGAAACUUUGGAUCUAAGGACCUAUUCUGUUGCAAGCAUUUCUAGGGCAGCACCUGUUUUGGUAACCAGCAUGGAGCCUGCUUUGUUUUCAAUUAGUCUUCCAUAUGUGUCUUUCCCAGUUCACUCAGCUGCUGGUUCCACUGACUCAGAUACUUUUGUUACUGAUGACUUGUUUACACAUGUGUUUUCCCAUAAAUCCUCCAGUACAACACCAAAUUUGCCUGGCAAUUUAGAAAUACCAAGUCAAGUUGAGCUCUUCAGUGAGUUCAUAAGCCCAGUGCCUUUCACUAGACCAUAUGCUUCAUGUUCGUACUGUGACUUUGCCUCAGUUCCACCAGAACAAGUGUUUUCAGCAGGACACAUAGAACAUGAUGUGGGUUCGGGUGAUUAUAUUGAAACAUUGUCCUUCACAGCCUCUGAGGAAAAAGGCAUUACUCCACUUACAACUGUAGUUACUGACUUGUAUGAGCUGGAGGAGUCAACUCCUGAAAUCUUUGAUACUACUUUUCCAUCAAGACCUGUUGUUUCAUUUUCUUCAAGACUUAUAGAAGUCUCUGAGUCAAACUUGUUUUUUUCAAACAGUGUGGACGUUGGUCUUAACAUAAUGAGUACAACAAUAUUUCCUUCGUACAGACAGCCCUCUGAAGGAAUAUCACUGGAUAUCACUUCUGUUCAAUUCCCCUUCCCUAUUACUGAAACUGUUACUUUAACAUCUGGUAUUAGAGCAAAAUCGUCUGAUAUCACCAGCGUUCUCCUUGAAUCCGUGUUUACCACAAGUGAGAAUAUACCGUCAGUUACAAUCAAACAUACAGGCCUGCUGGAAUCACCUGAAUUUAUGCCCUCAGAAUCUGUACUUUGGCUUGACAAAACACCUGCAAGUGUUUCAAUGGACAAAUCAUCUGUAAAUAUUUCAGAUUUUUCAUCCAACCUUUUAUCAACACAGUUUCUCUCUGAACCUAGCAGCUGGUCAUCUUUAUCAUCUGCUGUAUCCACCUUUUAUUCAAGAAUGCCAAGUGAUUUAUCAACACUAUUACCUCAGGUCUUCCCUACACUGCUGGGGACAUCGGUAGUUUUUGAUGAUUCCUCUAGUUGGGAUUCAACUGAGUUUCCUGCCACUGACAGCACAAGCAUAGAGGUUUCUCAUCUCUCUCCCUGGCAGACUUCAUACCUUUAUUCAAAUACGUUUUCUGUUCCAAACACACACAAUCCUGAAGUAAUAUCAUCAAGUUUUUACUCUUACUCUUCCAUGUUACUAGAAGGAACAUCAGUCUUGCUAAUGGAUUCUGAAGUUUCGUUUACCUCAAUUUUCACAGAAGCUACCUCUCAGUUAGAGUCUUCACUCUUCUCCCUUGAAUCAGCAGUUCCUACACUGGUGCUGUCCAUUUCUGACUCAGAAUCUUUUCUCACCAGCAAUAUCUUGGUUGAUGAAACACACUUGACCUCAUGGUUUACCACCUUUCAGACAACUCCUGUCUUAAGUGUAUCUUCGUCCCUUCUCUCAACUGUUACAGCUUCAGAUGAGGAUACUGGUGCUACUGCUAACCACACGUUGCUUUUAACAUCUCUUUCCAAGGCAACUGCUAGUACAGCACAUUUUACAACAAAUCCAUAUACACUGUUGUUGCAUACGGAUGUGAACAGCAUUACCGCUUCACCUACAGAGUCAAUUUCUGUGGUUACAUCAUUUGUACCUACACAGCUGCCUCCAUCCAUAAACACUUCCACUGAAUUUGGCACACAAACAAAAACUAGUGUAACUGAAGUUACCAAUAGAACAAGUGCUACUACUGCCACUACUACCACCAUUAGUAGCAUAGUUGGCCAUCGUACAACUACUGAGAGCAACUCAAGUACUUCCUCAUCCCCUUCUACUGCUGUAGUGGCCACGACUCCAUCUGAAGCUAUAAUUAUCACCUCUGCCAUGACCACAACCCGACAACCAUAUGUUUGUGACAUCACUGUUCCCGAUACUUACUUAAUCAUGGCUGUGCUGGCCCGCAGAGCUGUGCUAGAAAAUGUCAGUGAUUCCAUCAAAGAAGUGCUGAGAGUUCAGUUCAGGCGAUCAGUAGAACUGGAGGUUUAUAAAAUUUCCCCAAAAUUCUCUUUCUUGGUGACAUCAGGUCCUUUUGUUUACACGGCAAUAGCUGUCAUAAAUGUGCUUAUGAACAGCAGCCUUCUACGUGGUCAGGCCCCUGUCAUCCUGUCACUACAGCCUUCUUUCACCAUGCCAGAUCCCAGGUUCCAAGUUCACACAGUGCUUCAGUUUGUGCCUCGAAACGUUGAUACUGGCUUCUGUAACUUCAGCCAGCGCAUUGAAAAAGGGCUGACAAUGGCAUUCCUGGAGGUGAGAAAACAUCACCAGGAUAUCUACAACUUCACAGUGCAGAUACUGAAUAUAACUCUGAGCAAGCCUCGUGUGGCAUUUCGGCAGGGCCCUGUGAACAUUGUCUUUGCCAUUCAGGAUACAUAUGGAUUCUUGAAUGGAUCUGAAAUCAGUGAGCUGCUGAGGAACCUGUCUGUGGUAGAGUUCAGUUUCUACUUGGGCUUUCCUGUGCAGCAAAUUGCCGAACCCUUUCAUUACCCUCAACUCAAUGUGUCUCAAUUGAUGAAAUCUUCCUGGGUGAGAACAGUUCUCUUGGGUGUUGUCGACCAGCGAAUUCAGGAGGAAGUGUUUCAGGCUGGGAUGGAGCGGAAACUGGCUCAGCUGUUAAAUGAGGCUUUGACUGGAGGGCGAAUAUGGAAACGAGCCACGUUUGCAGGCAACAACAUUGUGCAGAUUGUCAACAUGUCACGGCUAGUGGGUGCUGAUAACGCUGUAGAACUGAUCUAUUUUGUGGAGGAUCAAACUGGAGAGAGGCUCAGCGCUGUAAAGUCUUCAGAUCUGAUUAACAGAGUUGACAUCCAGAGAGCCGCCAUCAUUCUUGGGUACCGCAUUCAAGGCGCAGUUGCACAACCUGUGGAUAAAGUGAAAGAGUCAUCGUCUGAGUCUCAGAAUAACAAUCUGUGGAUUAUUGUUGGUGUGGCAGUCCCAGUGGCUGUGGUGCUGCUUAUCAUUAUUAUUUUAUACUGGAAGCUCUGCCGAACAGACAAGUUGGAGUUUCAGCCAGACACCAUGAGCAAUAUUCAGCAGCGACAGAAGCUACAAGCCCCCAGUGUGAAGGGGUUUGAUUUUGCUAAGCAGCACCUGGGCCAGCACAACAAAGAUGAUAUCCUAAUCAUUCAUGAGCCAGCUCCUCUUCCAGGACCUAUUAAGGACACUACCCCUUCUGAAAAUGGAGAUGUGCCAAGCCCCAAAUCAAAGAUCACUUCAAAGCCUUCAAAGAAUGUUCGACACAGAGGGAGAGUUUCCCCUUCAGAUGCUGACUCCACAGCGAGUGAACAGUCCAGUGGGAGAGAGACAGGGGAAGAAACCGCAAGACCACCAACCUCUGCCAAUGAGGGCAAACCACGCAGAGCUCCAAAGAGUGGAGCAAACAGAGUGGGACCUCCGCAGCCCGGUAGUGGAAACGAGCAGCACUCCUCAGCCUCUAUCUUUGAGCAUGUGGACAGGAUGUCUCGUUCCUCAGAUGCAAGUCGACGGGUCCCCAGCAAGAUCCAGUUGAUUGCCAUGCAGCCAAUUGCAGCCCCUCCAGCUCAGAACCCAGCACUGUCUGACCGAGUAGCAGAGUCCAACAAAAUUAACAAAGAGAUACAAACAGCUCUGAGGCAUAAGUCUGAGAUCGAGCAUCACCGCAAUAAGAUCCGUCUUCGAGCCAAGCGCAAAGGCCACUAUGAGUUUCCAGUUGUGGAUGAUGUGAUUGUUGUUGAUGCCAAAGAGCAGCAUAGAAUAUACCGCAAAGCGCAGAUGCAGAUUGACAAGAUCUUGGACCCUGGGGGCAACGUGCCUACUGUUUUUAUAGAACCCAGGAAGAGUUCACGUGCAAAACGUUCUCCCAAGCAGCGUCGGAGACAUCAGAUAAAUGGCAGCCCUAUUGAUGCUGAGAAGGACAGGCUAAUCACCACUGACAGUGAUGGGACAUACAAAAGACCACCAGGAGUCAAUAAUUCUGCAUAUAUUUCCGAUCCUGACCUGCCUGCAGAAUCACAGACACCUUCUUCUCUUGAUCUCGGGAAGUACCCAGGCUUGCCUCCCCACCCAGCCUCUCAGUACAUCCCUCCACAGCCAUCCAUUGAAGAGGCCCGGCAGACUAUGCACUCUCUCUUGGAUGAUGCCUUUGCCCUGGUGGCUCCCAGUAGCCAAGCAGCCAGUUCCACUGCCAUCACGUCACCUGGGGUCUCUGCGGGACAGCCGGUAAACAACACUCCUGCUCGAGCAGGGAGGGGAACCACAUGCCCCCAGUGGGGAUCACCAUAUGGUCCAGCCCAGGCAGUAAACAACCCAUUUAGUAGAUACGUGGAAUUUGGAAUGACUCCUCCAACAGCGCCGGGUCUGCUGCAGAGGCAAAGUUUUGGCCCGGGUUUCCUUCAGCCUGCAGAGUUAAUGCACCCAGACCAGCAACAAUCCGAUGUUCAGUAUUCCUCCAGAGGGCUAUACCCAGAAGAAAUGCCAUCAGUGGCACGGCCACGACCAGUUGGAAGCACUGCAGGUUCUCAGAUACAGCACCUCACUCAAGUGGGAAUUGCUAGCAGAACUGGAUCCCAACAAGUGGAGAUUGCCUCAGUCAGAGCAGGGCAUGGCCAGCCGGGGGGACCAGGGUGGCCCCAGUAUCGUGGAGAGGAUGAAUAUGCUAGGAGAGAUGCAACACAUAUGCAUGGGCAUCAAGAAUAUUCCUCCUCACCAGUAUUCCAGAUGCAGAGGACUUCAGCCAGACAGCCCUCAGCACCACCUGCUCAUCUUCCACACAGCAGCCUUCAGGGACAGGGGCUCUGCUACACCACCAGUUCCAAUGAGGACCUCCAAACUGGUCAUUCCUCGGCAUCUCUCAUAAAAGCAAUUAGAGAGGAGCUUCUGCGACUCUCACAGAAACAGACAACAGUGCAGAACUUUCACAGCUGA